AUGUCGGACCGCGAGGAUGGCGGUGAGGAAACCUUCUACGAGGACGAAGAGCCCGUCUACGAUGGCGAUGAUCUUGGAGAGGAGCAAUUUGACGACGGUGCAGAUGGUGCCGCCAACGGUAUCGUACAUUCUUCCGCAGGCGGAGAUCCAUCGACAUCCAUGGCAGGUCAGGCCAACGCCGAGCGAAUCACCACACCCUACAUGACCAAAUACGAGCGUGCUCGAAUCCUUGGUACUCGUGCGCUUCAGAUUUCGAUGAACGCACCUGUUCUCGUACCCACAGAAGGCGAGACCGAUCCAUUGGAGAUUGCCAUGAAGGAGCUCGCCGCCAAAAAGAUUCCCUUGGUCGUCAGAAGGUACCUGCCAGAUGGAAGCUACGAGGACUGGACCGUCAGCGAGCUCAUCGUCAGCGAAUGA